AUGGACGACGAGCUCAGCGGCCAAGUCGAAGACGCACUCAGCGACAACCGCGUUCCCCGCUAUGUCAAACAGCUUAUCCAAGACAUCUACGCCCAGCUCUGCUUCAGAUCCGUAAACCAUUCCGCCCAUAACCCAGAGUAUGCGGAAGACGAGCGUUGGGUAGAGGUGGGAUCGUACGGCUUUUUCGGCGGCUUGAACCCAGGUAGUUUGACCAAGCGGCCGGGUUCAAGCUUGUUGGAGAAGCCGGGAAGGCCGAACCUGAGCACGUUACCGAGCAUCCCGCUACGUCGUAGAGCCUUCGACUUUCGCGGACAGCCCCCUGCCAGCCAGAUGGUCGCGGGCCCCGCCAUGGCCGGGCCGGCCAUGAACGGUCCAAUGACGGGUGGUCCGGGUCCCAUGACGGGUGGUCCGGGUCCCAUGGCCGGGGGUCCGGGUCCCGUCACCGGGGGUCCGAUGGCGGCGGGCGGUCCCAUGACCGGGGGUCCGGGUUCCAUGACGGAGUCGGGUCGUGGUGAAGGGGUGCGAACGCAACCGGAACUACGAUCCGGUUGCGCCGAGACGCGAGCCAUGAGCCCGCCACGGAUCGAUGUGGGUGCAAUAACGCGACAGUUGCACGGAGACCCGGCGCAAUUCUCAGACAGCCGCACCCUCGCCUCGGACCGACCCGGCGAAGGCCGUCCUGGGUUCAAGAGCGCAUCUGUCUCACGUUCCGCACACCUCCUACACAGCGCCGCCACAUCCGCCACCGGCACCGCUCCCGGAUCGCCCCACCAAAUGCAUCCUGCGCAACUCAUGGCCCAACACUCACAAGGCAUGGCACAACAAGCGAUGGCACAACAAGCGAUGAUGCAACAACAGACCAUCAAUCGGGCCAGCGGACUCAUGGUGAGCAGAAGCAUGUCGCGGGACAGGCAAAUGCAAGGCCCCGUGCAAGGGAUGAUGCAGGGGCAGGCGAUGCAGGGGCAGGCGAUGCAAGGACAAGCGAUGCAAGGACAAGCGAUGCAAGGACAAGCGAUGCAAGGACAAGCGAUGCAAGGACAAGCGUGCAAGGACAAGCGCUGCAGGGACAGGCGCUGCAGGGGCAGGCGAUGCAAGGACAAGCGAUGCAAGGACAAGCGAUGCAAGGACAGGUGA